AUGAAGCUUCCAUAUCUACCAAGGUCGCGUCAGCGACCACGGAAACAUCACUUUAACCUCUCGCCAGCCUCGAUACCACACCGACAGCUUACGUCCUCUCACAACAAUGCAUUCUUCCUCCAACUCAUCAUUUGGGCGCUCGUUUCCAUCGUCUUUGAUGCUUUCUCGAGCGCUUCCGCCGCAACUAUGCGCGCGCCUGUUCCAGCUGCCGCCAGUUUGCCCAAUGACCCAAAUGCCAGCCUCGCCUCGGCCAUCCCUCAACACGAUCUGAUCCCGUCUGCCAAGCAUCAUCAGCUUGCAUCUGCCGGCUCACGUUUUCGCAGCAUAUCUUCGACGCGCCCUUCCUCAAUAUCCGACCUUGUCCUUGCCAACACCGUCGUGCUUACCACCGUCGAGGGUGGCCUUUAUGCACUUCAUCGAGAAACAGGCAAACAUCUGUGGUCGCUCUCACCACAUGCCAGUCAUGAAUCCGACUCGCUCUUGCGUCCUCUUGUUACUGCUCUGUACGGCAAGGAACAGAAAUCGUUUGCCGAGAUUGCUCAAGGCGGACAUAUCUUUGCAUCCCCCCUCAGCGACUCAUCUCCUCUGCUCAAAACGGGCGGCAUCUACAUUGUCGAACCAUCGUCGGCUGGUGACAUUUAUGUGCUGUCCUCCGCUGGUGCGAAAGCCGGCGCCCCCUCGGCUACGAGCGGUGAGCCUGGCACAGUCCAACUGGACAAGCUCCCAUUGACGUUGCCACAAUUAGUCGAGCUAAGCCCAUUCUCUUUUGCUGGAGACGACACACGUGUCUUUGUUGGGCAGAAGCAGACCACGCUCGUCGAGCUCAACAUUGAAACUGGUGAGCUCGGCGCUGUCUUUGGAGGCCGACAAGCUGGCGUCUGGUGCGGCGCUCAAGCGCAUGACCUCGAUGUCGGCCUAUCUGGAUCUUCAGCGCGAGACAGCUCGAAAAGUGCCUCUUCCAACCCAGAGUCGUGCUUUGAUGACGAACCAACCCUUUCCGGCUCAUCGUCCAAGUCCACCUCGAAGCUGGCUUACAUUGGCAGAACCGACUACACGCUCAACAUUCACUCGCGCAACUCUCCCGAAGCGCUUCAGACGCUCCAUUUCAGCACGUUUGCCCCCAACGCAGGUGACCGCGAUGUGCAGAUCCUCUGGACGCAAGCAGAUCACCCCGAUCAGCGCGCCAUCUUCGGCAUGCCCGAAGAUGGCAGCGUCGUUUGCUUCAACCUUACAGAAGUUGACCGAGCUUCGCGCGCUUCCGAUGUCUCCGAUGAUGCUCAUCGUGCCCUUUGGUCGGCAGAGCUGCGUGCAAGUGUGGCUGGUGUCUUCGAUGUCGUCUACCCAGCACCGCACCUGCAAAACACCAAGUCACUCAGUCGUCCCAUUCUUGUCUCACAUCCUCCCGCUCCGAUCCAUCGCAUCUUCCCGCAGAUCAGCGAGCAACAAGCCCAAGAACAAGAUUCGCGCGACUUUCGCAACAGCCUGUCACCACGUCGUCGCUCGGCUUAUCUCGGCAUCGCUGGUGACAGUCUGUAUGCCAUGAGUUCGCAUCGUUUCCCGCUCGUCGCCUUUACAUCCAGGGCUGCCGCUGGUCUUCCCGAUGGAAUCAACUCACAAGCCGCCAGGGACUCCUGGCUACCUGGACUGCCCCCCUCACAGAAAGGUUGGGCAGACGAGGGCCAGCGCAAGUGCGCUUCGUUUGGAUGUUGGCUUGGGAGCUACUCGCUGUACGUGGAUUCCACAGCGGAAGGAAAAUUGCGCGACUCGCUCUUGGGUUCGAAUCCCACCCUCGAAAUCGAAGCUGGCUCACCUCAGCUCAGCAUAGGCGAUCGCCCUACUUUUGGACCGGACAGCGCUUCCGCGGCCAACGAUUCGGAGGAAUCGCCUAGCGAUCGAGCUUCGUCGACAUCCACCACGCCGUCUGCAUCGCCACAAACGCACAAGAAGACCUCCACACGGUCUCGAAGACCGGGCACUCGAGGUGUAUCAGAUCAGACAUCAUCCGACUCCAAGCUCCCACCACGCGAUUCAACGGAGCGAGCAGAUUCUACAGAAAGAAGCUGGAAAGCCCGCAUGACCGUGGUGCUGCUCCAGGUCAUCUUGGCACUAGUCAUUGCUGUGCUCAGCGGUGUCACCUACCUCGGUUUGCAGGAGCAAAAGGUGCGAGCUGAGAGGCAAGCAGCAGAGAUUGCCAAAGGUGUCGUCUGGAUCCCCGUUCUCAAAGAGGACGAGGCAGGCUUUGGCGGAGAGGCGGUUACUGAAAAGAUGCGCGCAGAGGAAAAGCGCCAGCUCCAACAAGCCAUCGCACUAUCCAGCAAAGACGCACUUGCUGUCGGUAGGCAUGAUGUCAAGAGCGCUCCGGCAAACGAUGACGAGGAGGGCGAAGGCGAAGAUCCUCACGACGGAUCCGCAUCAACAAACAAGAAGAAGCAAAACAAACGUCGACGCAGAGGCAAACGUGCAGGUGCUGCUGUCGCUGCCAAAGCAGCCAAAGUCAACGGCAAAGAGGGCAGCCCAGAUGCUUCCGAGGCCGGGAAAGAAAGGGCAGCUGAUGACGAUGAUGAUGAGGAAGGUGUCGGUGACAAAAUUAAAGCACAACUCAACGCUGGACAGGCCGGGACGAACAAGAGUCAGGAGGACGUCCUUGUGGCACCGUGGAAGCGUGCCAACAGCGCUGCUGCGCAUGAAGGAACCGACGAGCGCGCAUCUGUGAAUAUCUCUGAUGCUUCCUCGUCCAACGAAAACGAACCAGAGACUCCGCGAAAAGGCAUUCUACCUGCCAAGGCCAAGCCGGGCAAGGUCAACGGCUUGCGCAUCUCAAAUGCCGUCCUCGGCGCAAGCGAUAGCCUGCAACGUACGCAGCAGCUCAUGUCGCCGCAGCUCCGAUCACCUCUGCUCAACACAGGUUGGGGCGGCUUUGAAGAGGAGGAUGCAGCUUCGGUCGGCAGAGCUGCUGCGCAGAUUGCAGCAAACGGUCAGAAUCAGUUCGGCGGCUCUGCGCCCAACAACGGUGUCAGCACGUCUUCGCUCACCAUCUCGGACGAGGUGCUUGGCUACGGAUCUUCGGGCACUGUGGUGUUCAGGGGCACUUUCCAGGGCCGGGCUGUGGCAGUCAAGCGCCUACUUCGCGACUUUGUCCACGUUGCUUCAAAGGAGGUAUCACUGCUAGAGUCGGCGGACAACCAUCCGAACGUCAUUCGCUAUUUCUACAAGGAGCUCACGCCUAGCUUUUUGUUCAUUGCGCUCGAGCUAUGCCCUGCUAGUCUGGCAGAGGUGGUCGAACGGCCGGCCGACUACCGCGACCUUAGCAACUUGCUCGAACCCAAGCGCGCUUUACAACAGAUCGCAUCUGGUUUGCGACACCUUCACUCGCUCUCGAUUGUGCAUCGGGAUAUCAAGCCGCAGAACAUCCUGGUGGCUACAUCGACAAGCGGCAAGCAUUUGAAGAUGCUGCUGUCCGACUUUGGUCUGUCCAAGCGGUUGGACGGUAUGGCGCAGACGAGCUUCUCGCAGACGGUCAACAACCCAGGAGGCACUGUAGGCUGGCGCGCACCAGAGAUCCUGCGCGGCGACGUUAAUCUGGAUGCCGGAUCCGAGUCCGAGUCAUCGAUGGGCAACAAUCCAAGGUCUACCUCGAGUCGCGAAGAAAAGCAGCGUCUCACUCGAGCGGUCGACAUCUUUGCGCUAGGCUGUCUCGCCUACUACGUGCUGUCCAACGGCGACCAUCCGUUUGGCUCCCGCUUUGAGCGUGAGAUGAACAUCAUCCGCAAGCGAGUCGAUCUGUCGCGACUGGACGGUCUGGGCGAAGAAGGUCACGAAGCGCAGGAUCUGGUGCUGAGGAUGGUCUCCCACGACCCACGUCAUCGUCCUUCUGCUGCUGAAGCGCUGACCCAUCCGUACUUUUGGGACGCGAACAAACGGCUCAACUUCCUGCAAGACGCCUCUGACCGUUUCGAGAUUAUGGACAAAGAUCCACCCACGCCCGCGCUGGUCUUGCUCGAGUCGAAAGCACGCAACGUAUUGGGCACAGAUUGGCAUCGACGAUGCGACAGGAUGUUCCUGGAGAAUCUCGGCAAGUUUCGAAAGUACGAUCCGACGUCGGUACAAGACCUGCUGCGUGCCAUGCGCAAUAAGAAACAUCACUAUCAGGACCUACCUGGUACGCUCAAGAAGGUCUUGGGAAGUUUACCAGAUGGAUAUCUAAACUACUUUACUCGACGGUUUCCCGAGUUGUUCCUGCACGUGUAUAACACGAUUGUCGACCAACCAUUGAUCAGGACCGAGCCCGUGUUCAGGGAGUACUUUCACUGUGCGGAGCCCGAACAUUAG